AUGCAGGUUCUGCAGGAGUUUCACCAGCAGCUGUUUGUGCAGAAGAACAUGGCGUUCCAGCAAGCAGCUUCUCAGCCAGACGAGCUGACCAUCGAGGAGCAGGAAAUCUUGGAGGUCAUCGAUGAUGGCGACAUGGAGGACUGGGUCAAGGCCAGAAACCGUAGCGGACAGGUGGGCUACGUCCCGGAGAAAUACCUGCAGCUGCCCUCCUCCAACAGCCUGCUGAGCAUGCUGCAGUCGCUGGCCGCGCUGGACGCCCGAUCCCAUUCCUCCAGCAACUCCACCGAACCUGAAACCGAACCCCCAACCGGCUCCGUCAACGGAGACUCGAGGAUUUCAUUCGCAAAGGCUUUGUACGACUACGCGGGACAAACGGAAGAUGAGCUGUCGUUCCCAGAAGGCGCCAUCAUCCCCAUCCUGAGCAGAGAGACCCACGAGAACGAUGGCUUCUGGGAGGGCGAGUUUAACGGCGUUGUUGGU